UGAGCGGUAUUAGUUUUGCUGAGACAACCAGCGACCUCUCAGUUGUUUCCUGGCCUUCCGAAGUUUUCUUUCCCCUGGUUUUUAUCCGCCAAUCCUCGCAGUUUCAUUACAUAACCAUGGACUCCGCGUCGUCUACCGUUCAUGACGAUCUCUCCGUCGGAGACGUCUUCAGCCCGCAAGCCGACCAGACCCACUUCCGCUCGGAGUUCGGUUUAGUGAACAAGAAUAAUUCUCAUACCCUGAAUGAGGACGUGCACGCUGUGCCCAGAGACGAUUUUAGAGAAAAUGGCUUCCGUCAGGUUGAACCCACCCCUGUGAGCCAUCUAGCUGAAAAGGCGCAGCGGCGCAGGAAGAAGAAGAAGCAGCAGCAGCAAGGUUUUGGCCAGAUCGCCCCUGCACUCUCGACUGUUCGUGGAUUCACGCCCAUGGCAUCUGGCGACGAAGAUUCAGAUCUUUCUGCUACGAAUUCCAGAGCCCUCAAUAGUCCUGUCGUUCAGCCCUCGUCGACAAGUGGAGUCAGUGCUUUGAAGCUGCAAAUUGAAGCUCUUAGUUUGUCAGGCGAACGUCCCACCAGUAGCCAGCACUCCGAGACCCACAGCAAUGCAAGUGUCUGCUCAGACAGUGACCAGACGGAAGUUCUCACCUGCUACGAGGUGCCUUUAGAUCACGAUUUUGUCAGCACCGAGGCUGCUGCGCAGGAGGAUUCUAACAAUGGCCCAAAUACAACCGACAUUCGUGCCCAGCUGUGCAGAAAGAUGACCACGGACGACUUCGAGCCGCUUCUCUGCCUCGGAAAGGGCUCCUUUGGCACGGUUCUCCUUGUGCGUCACGUAUUGACAGGCAAACUCUAUGCCCAGAAACAAUUCCGGAAGGCGUCAAUUACCGUGCACAAGAAGCUGGUGGAACAGACCAAGACCGAACGUAUGAUCCUGGAAAGUGUCAAUCGCCACCCUUUCGUGGUCAAGUUGUUCUACGCCUUCCAGGAUCAUGAAAAGCUGUACUUGAUCUUGGAGUACGCCCAGGGCGGUGAAUUGUUCCACCAUCUCGCCAUAGAGCGCAUGUUCGACGAAGACGCCGCGGCGUUCUACAUGGCUGAAAUGGUCCUCGCCCUUGAGCAUCUGCACCAGAACGUCGGUGUCAUAUAUCGUGAUCUCAAGCCCGAGAACUGCCUGCUUGACCAUGAAGGGCACUUGCUGCUCACGGAUUUUGGCCUCAGUAAGAUCGCCGUUGAUGAUGCGGACCGCUGCAACUCCACCCUCGGCACGAUCGAAUACAUGGCUCCCGAAGUCGUCCAGGGGAAACUGUAUGGUAAGGCAUGUGAUUGGUGGUCGCUGGGCGCCCUCGGAUACGAUCUUCUUACCGGGUCACCGCCAUUCAAGGCCAACAACCACGCCAAGCUGCAAGAGAAGAUAGUCAAGCAGAAGCUCGUGCUCCCUUACUACCUCGGACCCGACGCCAAGGAUCUCCUGACUCGCCUGCUCCGCAAGGAACCCUCUAAGCGGCUCGGCUACCACAUGCCCAAGGACUUGCAGACCAUCAAACAGCACCGAUUUUUCCGGAAGAUCGACUGGAAGGCUCUGGAACGGCGGGAGCUCACCCCCCCGAUCCAGCCGGUCGUUACCGACCCCGCUCUAGCCGAGAACUUCUCUGUCGACUUCACUCACCUGCCUCUGAGCCCGCUCAUUGCCAGCGCCGGGUUUGAAGAAUCUUAUGGUCGCAGCAUGGCUCCCCGCGCAUCGUCUGCCGGUCUUGAUGGCCUGCCCGGCGAGACGGAUCCGUUUGGGGGCUUCAGCUUCGUAGCGUCAAGCAGCCUGCUGAACAAUGGACUGGGCGCGAUGAUGGCGGGAAUGUAGCGGAUUGUUGUAUUGACUAUGCUUUUUUCUGUCGGCUGCUAGACUUGCCUUGAUCAAUUUUCUUUUAUGUCCUUAAGUCAUUGAUAGAACUCGAGUCAUCUCAUUUACCUCAGUGUUUGAGAAUCAACGCUCCUGUUGAUUUGUCCCCCGCCCGCCACAUCUUGCUUGGGUUU